AUGCUUUUUCAGAAAUUCUGGAAGAAACUCGGAAAACUCGGACUUCUGGGUAUAACAGUAUCGAGUGAGUUUGGUGGAAGCGAGAUGUCAUACUUAGAACAUGUAAUUGCAAUGGAAGAGCUGUCCAGGGUCAGUGGAGCUUUGGGCCUCAGCUAUGGUGCACAUUCUAACCUCUGUGUCAACCAAAUUGCACUUAAUGGAAGUCAAGAGCAAAAACAAAAAUAUUUACCAAGACUGAUAAGUGGCGACCACAUAGGAGCACUUGCGAUGAGUGAAUCAAGCGCUGGAUCGGACGUUGUUUCCAUGAUGUUAACUGCUAAAAAGGACGGGAACAACUUUAUAAUCAAUGGUUCGAAGUUUUGGAUUACAAAUGGCCCAGACGCUGAUGUGACUAUUGUAUAUGCUAAAACUGAACCAACAAAAGGAAAGUAUGGCAUAACAGCCUUCCUAGUUGAAAAGGACUUCCCUGGCUUUUCCAAGUCACCAAAAUUCGAUAAGUUUGGAAUGAGAGGGUCGAAUACAUGUGAACUGAUUUUUGACAACUGUGUUGUACCGGAGGAAAAUGUAAUUGGAAAAGUAAAUGAAGGUGUCCGUGUUUUAAUGAGUGGAUUAAACUACGAACGUUUGGUACUCGCAGGAGGACCACUAGGAAUAAUGCAAGCGGCUUGUGAACUUGCUUUCGACUACGCUAAUCAGAGGAAAACGUUUGGUAAAAAAAUAGGAAAUUACCAGUACUCCAAUAGUAGUAAUAGAUUCCAAGAGAAAAUCAGAAUAUUUCAGCUUAUUCAAGCAAAAAUUGCUGAUAUGGACACUUUGUUAACAGUCUGUCGCCAUCAUGUCUAUAAUACUGCAAUGGCAGUCAACCGCGGAGAACUGACUAACAGACAUUGUGCUGCAGCAAUUUACUAUGCUUCUAAAUGUGGAGUGAAAGUGUGUGACGACGCUUUACAAAUACUAGGUGGCAAUGGGUACGUAAACGAAUAUCCAGCUGGUCGGUUCUAUCGUGACGCAAGAUUAUAUGAGAUUGGAGCCGGAACUAGUGAGAUCCGACAGCUUAUUAUCGCAAACGAAAUAAACAGUAUGGAAGCAUAA